GUAAUCUGCGCUCCAUUCAAUUUUGUUCUCUUUUUUCUUUUUCUUUCCUUUCUUCUCCAGUCUCCUUCGAUCAAAUUCAAAAAUUCAAUAGAGUUUUUUUAAUUUAUAUGUUCCUACUAAUACAAAAGUGUCACAAUGAGUCAGUAUUAAAUAUUUAUCCAUAAUAUAUAUAUCCACAUUGACUUUUAAAAUUCAAACUAUGAGAGAAACUUUAAAAGAAAAAAAUUGAAAUUGCCGUCCCCAACAGAAGCAGCAAAAGUAAUUAUCUUCCACUUGUUCGAAACAAAUGUCACAAAUGUCGAUGAUGGGCAAUAGCAGCGACACAACCUGGGUCGGCAAAAAGCCCAUUAGGCGCAUCGGAGGCAUGUCCGAUGCUCUCUCAAUAGCCUCCGAUCUUGGAUUUUCUGUUGCUCCUCCUCCUUCUCAGGAAGAACUCCAGACCUUAUGUACAACUACUGGCGAAAAAGGUGAUGACUUGAUUAGGGUUUUAAGAGAAUUAACUGCUGUACAAAGAAAAAUUGCAGAUCUACAAGUUGAACUUCAAGGUCGGAAGGAUGAUAAAAAUGUGGCACAUUUAACACAUGUCAGUGAAAUGGAAAAGAAGAUUGAGACUUUGGCUAGGAUUACUACCAUUCUCAAAGAUGUUAUUCAGAAUAAGGACCGGAUAAUAGCUCGUCUUCAACAACCAUAUUCGCUAGAUUGUAUUCCAGUUGAAGCAGAAUAUCAGAAACAAUUUUCAGAAUUACUGAUGAAGGCUGCAAGCGAUUAUGGUGCCUUGACAGCAUCUGUUGCAGAUUUCCAAUGGAGUCAGAAUUUUAAGGAGUCACCUUCAGUGUGGGGGGAAAUGCUACGUCCUAUACCUGUUGCUUUAGCAUCCUGCACGCGAUUCUUUGAAGCAAUGUCUGCUAUGAGAGAAUCAUUUGCUACACUUCAACAUUUGAGAGUUGGCCAUUCAGUUUCUGCAUUGCCAACAACACCAGUGAAUGACCCCUCACAAAGAUCAUUAAGGGAUUCAGAUUGUGUAACUCCUCCUCCUUGGAGAAAUGAAUCCAUUUAUGACGACUUGGCAGUUAAAAGCAUAAGGAAACAAGAACUUGAGCAGCGAGAAGCAGAUGAUGCAAGUAGUGAAGUUGGCGACUCUCAAGCCGAUGGCACAAGUCAUAGGAGAUUGUCUUGGCCUCCAUCAGUCAAGAAGAAUGGUUUAUAGUAAAGAGGAUAAUGAUAUUAUGUUUUCCUUUGAAUGAAAUUUUUAUGUACAAUAUUUUCACUGCAAUGAAUCCUUCAUGAUCUUGCAUCAGAAGCCUUAUACAGCAUGAAACCUUCAUUUGCUUGUGCAGUUAAAAUUAUAAAUCAUCUGUUAAUUCUGGUAGCACUGAUAUUUUUGGUACCUAUAUAUUGCCGUCAUUUGUUGUA